CAGAAGCCAAGGCAGAAGAGCAAGAAGAUGAAACGAAAGCAGCAGGAGAAGGUGGAGAGGGAGAGCGGGAGCAGGAGCCUGGGGAAGGGGAAUCGAAGCCAAAACCCAAGGUCUUCAUGCCCAACCUGGUGCCCCCCAAGAUCCCAGAUGGCGAGAGACUGGAUUUUGAUGACAUUCACCGCAAGCGCAUGGAGAAGGACCUGAACGAGCUGCAGGCCCUCAUCGAAGCCCACUUUGAGAGCAGGAAGAAGGAGGAAGAGGAGCUGCUGUCCCUCAAGGACAGGAUUGAGCAGCGGCGAGCGGAGCGGGCGGAGCAGCAGCGGAUCCGCAGCGAGCGGGAGAAGGAGCGCCAGGCCCGCAUGGCCGAGGAAAGAGCCCGCAAGGAGGAAGAGGAGGCGCGGAAGAGGGCGGAGGAGGAGGCGCGGAAGAAGAAGGCGUUCUCCAACAUGCUGCACUUUGGGGGAUACAUGCAGAAGUCAGAGAAAAAGGGUGGCAAGAAGCAAACAGAGCGGGAAAAGAAGAAAAAGAUCCUCAGUGAGCGACGGAAGCCCCUGAACAUCGACCACCUCAGUGAGGACAAGCUGAGGGACAAGGCCAAGGAGCUGUGGCAGAACAUCCAUGACCUGGAGGCUGAGAAAUUUGACCUGCAGGAGAAGUUCAAGCGGCAGAAAUAUGAGAUCAAUGUUCUUCGAAACCGCAUCAGUGACCACCAGAAAGUGUGAGUGGCUGCCCACCCCUCCUCAAUCUCCUGCCCUUCCAGCUCCCCAGUUCCCUCCCUGUGGAUCUCCCUUGCUAAAC